GUCUCUGUCACUUUUUAUCUGAUUCGCAUCUGUUUUGAGAGACUGCAAGGUCUUUUCAGCCAAAUUGGUUUUCAUUCUAGCAGGAAAAAAUGUGUGACGGAGAGCAAACACAAUCUGUUCUCCGGUGCCAGGUGUGUUAAGACAAAGCAGCCCUUCCUGUUGCUCUGUAUGUGACUCUGGUCUGAGUGAUAUGGUCACUGUUUAUUUUGUUCAUAUUUUUCAGUCUUUUCAUUUUUCUUUUACAUUGAAAGUGUAAACAGUUACAUGCAGCAGUCGUCAUGUGGUCAAUCAUGGGAGGUCAGCUAGAAACAGACGUUCAUGAAGCAACUGCUUUGUUCAUUACAGUAGUGUGACAUCGCAAAUGUAUUCCAGCUGACCCCAGCUCAUGCACCAUAUCUCAACAUUUUUUUUUUUUUUUGGUUAGUUUCUUUUCAUGUGUGCCAAACAGUGUAAUGACACAGAAAUCAUGGCAUGGUAGAACUCCAACAUUUAUUCCCCUACAAAAAGCCAAGAACAUUUUAGUUUAGAUUAGCCAAAGUAUAUUGUGCUGUGUUGCCAGACUAUGCUGGGAUCUACUUUGAUGUGUAUAGCUGCCAUAUUGCAUUGUGCUACACCACACAAGCUAGCAUGCUACAGCUAGCACAUAUAAACUCGCUUCCCUCUCGCUGCCAUUGCUUCCUUAUGUGUCACACACAACCCAUUUCUUUGCUUUUAUAACCAAAGACUGAAAAAUGACUCUUUCAUCUCCUCUAAAUGAGAAGAGUUGAGUGUGUGCGCGUGUAUUUUGUCUAAUAAUAUUGUACAUGACCACUGUAUCAGUCUUAGCAAUGAAAGGGAUUGUUUGGCUGAAAAUAAGGGGGAAAGUGUUUCUAGCUGUGGUGUCUGGUGAGUUGUUGUCAUCCCAUGUCAGUCCCAAUGCCACCCCACCCCCCUUCCGCCCAUACUCAGUUGAGCGUAACCCUUGCAGUGAAAUUCCACCUUCUAGCCAAACCAACGUGUUUCCAUUGAGCAAGAUGGCUUAAUGAGCAGUGUCAGUUUGAAAAGACUGGCUCCCGAGGUACUCUUGGAGAGGACGGGACAUUAUGCCAGUGUGAGUCCAACUCUGAACAUCUGCCACUGACGAGAAUAACCGAGGGGUCCGUGCCAGUUUACCACAGUGCGCUGUAGCACACACUACUCACUACACGUUGUUAAAGUCACCCCACACUUCAAAUUCUCUCGGAACACUCUUAAAUCACACUACUGUGCUUAACCUUUAGGCUAACCGAUUAGAACUACAUGUCCUGGUAUGAAUAAGGCUUGUUGUGAAGAAAGGCCUGCCUGUGUAUUGUCGUCUCAAAGUGAUGUGCGACAGGGAGUAGCAUUAAGAACAUUUAGUCUAAUACUUGUAUAUUCAACACUGUGCGUUUGAGUUGUGUGCAGGGCAUUUUUGAUUUGCUUUUGUGUGUGUGUUUUUUUUUUUUUUAUAUGUAGGAUGGAUGAUUUGUUAUAACUGUCAGGGAGCCAGGGGUUACAGUAUAUUAUCGUCAGUUGAGACUUCAGUCCGGCUCCAUCAUUUGCAGGCGCAUUCAGUCUGUGUUUGUUCACCCUAGAGACGCAUUUCCAUGGCUUAUGCAAAUUCUUUUUUUUCCAGCCUCAAGACAUCAGUUUAGCUGUGAAGUUGAGCGUUUGUGCUGCCGUUAGAGUGAGUCACGCUGCCUGGAAUUGAAUGUAGCCUUGCAUUUGUUAAUUGAAUUGUACCAGAAAGAAGAAUAAAAUGUUCAGUCUUUUCACUGAAUGUUUUACGUACAUCAUCAUCUCUCAUGGUUUUUUUUUUUUUUUUUUACUUCUAGUUAUCACUUUUUGUCCACUGUUUUGGAUGCAGGAAGGUGUGGUGACGUCUCGACAGACAGAAUCCCCUUGUUAACUGUAGGAAUAGAAAAACACUAUUUUGUGAAAUAAGCUCCCACAAGUAAAGUUGACGUGAUUGUUUAAUACGACUAAGGAGGCACUAGAUAGGAAAGUCCCUGCUUUUAACCCCACCCAGUAGUUCCCUCCCCCUGUUUUUUCAACUAGCUGCAUGGGAAGUUAAGUUGCGGCCUCAACAGUCUUAUCACAUUCACAGAUGUUAAACUCAUCUGUGGACUUCUGUUCAAAAUCAGUUGUCUCUGCAGACAUUGAGCAGGUUUCCUAACAGAAUACCGUUUUGUCCUCCACAGCCAGGCUUAGGACAAAUCUGGGAAGCCGGCCAGUAGCCGCGGUCCCAAGCUGGUGGUGGGUGGUGGAGCUACUCACGGUCAUAACUGAUCCUCAGAGUCGGUGUACAUAACCCUGACCUCUCUGUCACACUGCAGGCUACCAUCUCUGUCUCUCCAGUGAUUUAUUCCGGCUGGUAGUCAUGGCAGGACCCUGGGAAGAUAAACUGCAUGGCCAGUUUGACCUCACUGGUGCUCUGGUUGGGUUUCUAAGAAUUGUCUGUUACGUGAGGAUGCCCCCCCCCCCCCUUUUCCCUGUCUGUUUUCUCUGUCAACCUUGCUUUGUGUCACGAAAAAAAGAAAUGAAUGGAAUUAAAUGCACAUCUUUCCUCAAUCACCCACCCAUGUCACACUCACAGUAUAACUCUUGAGUUUGCUGAUUAAGAAAAUGCCUUAAGUACAGCUCCGUAGUGGGUGUCUAUUUAUUUGCCCGUGGUUUUGGUUGGAUUUAAUUUAUUUAAGUAGAGUGAGGGAGUAGAUUUUUUUUUCUUUUUGUUUGUUGUUCUUUUAAUAUAGAAACACAUUUUUUUAUUCUGCAGAUAUAUUGAUCAUGAUUGUAAAGAUGUGAAAAAUUUCCAUACCAGUAUUUAACAGAUGUUAUUGUUCUGUGUAGUGUCAUAACAAUAAAAGAAUAUGGAACAUGUGACUUCACCUAUAUCAUUUUGUCUGAUGCUUUAUUUUUAGUAUGCUGAAAUGCUUUCCUCUCGGUCUCUCCCUCUUUCUUUCUCUUACACACACACACACACACACAUACAGUGUGAAUGUAUAGUCAGCACUUUUGUUUGUUACCAUGGAGGCAGCAUGAACUGUCUGUAAAGUGAAUGCCUCGUGCUACGGCUUCCUGUAUCCUAGCUCCUGCUCUGUAAAAUUCCUUUGUAUUGAAAUACUGCCCACGGAUAACUUAUUCCUUUUCUAAUUCCUAACCUCGCUCGAGAGCUGGACUCUUCCCAGAUCAGUGUUUGAAUUCUAGACCAAUUAGAACCUACACAUUGACAUUUCCUCAGAGGAGGCUACCGGUCUGUCAUAGUUUUAAGCUCCACGCCAGUGAUUAGCCAAUAGGGUUAUGGGGCAUUGCGAUUACCUGUGCUAUGGGCAUGCCGAUUGGUGGAGAGGCCAGAUGAGCCGGGACUAAUCCCCUGAGGGACAGAUGGUGGUCAGGGCUUACGGCACCUGUAGGCUGGUCUCAGUGGGAGCCUCAGCACCCUGAUUAGCCUGGCUGAGAAGAGUGGGGAACACACAGAAAUAUCUUCAAAAUUGUCUUUUCUAAGGGAAAAGGAAGAAGUUGUUAAGACUGUCCGGUCUGCAGGUUUCUGGAAACAUGUCGGUGGUGGUGAGCAUGUGGCUGAGGGCCGUGGCUGCGACUGCACUGUCUCUCCUGCUGACUGCGCAGCACCUGCAUGCGUCUGCACUGUCUGCCGUCUCCUCCUAUGAGUUCAAAGGAUUCAGGAUGCAACAGUACCUGCUGCAGCAGGACAGACAUGGUUGCCGUGGAGCCAUAGUGAUGGCUGAGGCGCGCUCGUCUGACCACCCGGCCCUGACGCGGCGCUGUGUGAUCAUGAAGCUGCCGGACUUCACGCUGGACCGCUACGAGGAGGCUCAGAGGCAGAACGCAGCGGCCGUAUUGAUCCUGUUGCCCAGCAACCUGUCUUCUGUGCCACAGGAGGUUAUACAGAGCUUUAUGGAGACUGAGGCAGAGGUGUUGCAGAGGGACGCCAUGAUGCCCUUGUACGUGGUGCCAGAGGACGAGCAGCUGCUCCACGUGUAUGAGGAGGUGAAGCAGGACGCAGCCACCAGGGCCUCCUCCAUCCUGGUCAGAGUUCUGCGGAGCAUGGUGACUGCCACUGCAUUUCAGAUUUUAGUGAGCAACAGCAGCCCAAUCAAGCCCUUCACUGACAACACCAUCAUCACACUGGAGGGAGUUUUGCCUGGAGUGGGAGAGGACCCCCAGACUAUUGUCAUCACUGCCCAUUACGACUCCUUUGGGCUAGCUCCGUGGCUGUCAUAUGGAGCUGACUCUAACGGCAGUGGCGUGGCCAUCCUGCUGGAGCUGGCCCGCCUCUUCCAGAGACUCUACACUGACCCCCGCAGCAGAGCUCCGUACCAUAUCCUAUUCUCUCUGACUGGAGGGGGGAAAUAUAACUUCCUGGGCACCAAACGCUGGCUGGAAGAGAACAUGGAUCAUGCAGAGUCCAGUCUCCUCCAUGACAAUGUGGCAUUUGUGCUGUGCCUGGACACCCUGGCCAAUGGGGAUGAUCUGUACCUGCACGUGUCCCGUCCACCCAAACCUGGCAGCCCUCAGCAUGACUUCAUCUACCAGCUGGAACAGGUGAUCGCGUCCAGGUUCCCGUGGGUGAGGUUCGAUAUGGUCCAUAAGAAGAUCAACCUGGGAGAGCCCACUGUGGCCUGGGAGCACGAGCGCUACGCCAUGCGCCGCAUCCCGGGGUUCACCCUGUCCCACCUGGAGGACCCCAAAUCAGAGCGCAGGGGGUCCAUCCUGGACACAAUGUCUCAAGUAGACACGAGGAGACUCAAGCGCAAUGCCAUCAUCAUAGCUGAGUCACUGGCACGGUUCAUGUACAAUCUUUCAGACAAGGGUUCCCCAAAGGAGAUCCAGCUCUUCAGGGGCCAAAUGGAGGUGCAGGACAGUCGUUUAUCGGCUCUGAUGUCGUUCUUGACCUCUGCUCCUCGCGCGACCCAGCUGAUGGACAAAGAAACCGCCCAGAACCUCAUGAUCGCCACCCUGGAACAGGAGCUCAAGCAACACGUACAGCAGGUGUACAGACACACCUUCAAACAGGACCGCAAGGACCCUGAUAUGACCUUCUAUGAUCAAAUGAAUCAACCGAUGAUGAUGUACAGAGUGAAGCCUGCAGCCUUUGAUCUGUUCCUGGGAGGCUGCAUCGCUGCCUAUUUGGGAAUAAUGUAUUUUGCCGUUCAGAAUUUUGGGGGCAUUUACAGCAAACUGAAGAUGGCAAUGAAAUCCAAACACCAGUGAGGUUUGCCUUCAGAGACGGCCAUUCCACUCUCAGCUGUGACUCCUCAGUGUGUCCUGAAGACAGAUGGUGUCUCAUCCUUUCUCUCUGGCCCAGUCAAGAGAGCCUUGGGUGGCCUCAGAACAACAACCAAGAUCCUCCCCGUCAUCAAGUUUCCUCAGCCUCUCAGUGCCGUCUCAAGGAGACAGUCUGAGAUCAAUAUGAAACUAAGUAUGGACACGAGCACAAAGUGUAUAGUUUUACCAGAUAUAUUUUUCAGCCAACAGAAGACUUUCUCUAAUUGUCUGAGCAAAAACACUGUCUUACUGUACCAAAAGGGUGUAGCCUGUUAGUAAAGUGUGGCUAAAAAGCUGUGUAUUUUUUAAGUUACGGGUACACAACUUCAGUCCUAAAGUGUGAUAGAUCUAAGAAAGUAUGUGAAUAUUUGUUAGUUUAAGGUCAGCUAAGGGAGACAUUAUCCAUAUGUAUUAAUGCAUUCUCCUUAUUUUAACUUUUCUAUGUAUUUUGUAACCUUUUUACAUUAAAAGACUAUCAUUGUA